AUGCCGUCGAGGAGUAGUGAGGACGUAGGAGUUGAACGCGUGGAGACACUGGCUAAUAUACUUCAAACCCCUUCUCCAAUGGCCCCGAAAUUUGGUAGGCAUACAACAGCAAAGGAUGUAAGUUCCUUGCUUUUACUCAAGGCGUUUCAGGUGGUUCAAGGGAUGGAUUUGACUAACAAGACUUAUCUUAUCACGGGAGCUACAAGUGGAUUAGGACAAGAAGUAGCUAUCACCUUGGCUGAGGCUGGAGCUCAUGUUGUUAUGGCCAUUCGAGACCUUAAUAAGGGUGAUCUUGUCAGAAGCCACAUCUACACCAAUACAUGCUAUAGAAAGGUUGACAUCAUCAGAAUGGACUUACUGGAUUUGUCUUCCGUCGUUGAUGCUGCCAAUGAAUUCAAAAAGAAUGGGUGGUAUGCCCACUCUUCGUAACCAUUUAAUCGUUUUUUUAUAUUUUUUCAGGGAUCUUCACGGUCUUAUUCUCAAUGCAGGAGCUUACGCUCCGAAUCCUGGGUUUAAUGAGCUCGAUAAUCUAAAUUCUGCAUUGCAGACUAAUUACCUGAGUCAUUUUUUCUUGACUUUAUUGCUUAAAGACGUUCUUAUUAAGUCUGCUCCGUCGCGCAUUGUUUCUUUGACGUCUGUAAUGACCAAAUAUUUGCGAAUGAAUCAAAAAGUUAAUGCCACGCAAUUUCUGGAGCAAUUGAUCGAAACUGGAGGUCGCGGAACCCGGAAAUACCACCAAUAUGCAAAGUCCAAGUUGUGUAAUAUAAUGUUGAUGAAGAAAAUGCAUCGUGACCUCCAUUGUCAUGGAGUCAGCACUUACGCUGUUGACCCUGGAUCUUUCAUCAACACUCGUAAGCGGAAAAAAGUUUCGAAAUUGCUUUAGGCAUCGCGGCCGAAAACUACGGUUGGCUUCGCGAGCUUGUGUGCUUGAUGGCUAGCCCAUUCUCUAAAGAGGUGGCCGAAGGGGCGGCUACAGUAAUAUUUGCGGCCAUCCAUCCCGCGGCCGAAACUAUGAGUGGAAAGAAUCUUGUUAAUCAUAAGGUGAAGGAGUCUACAAUCCAUCCAGCCGCGAAUAACGAGGUCUUCCAGGACGCUCUUUAUUCACAUAGUUGUGCUAUGAUAGAGCGAGUGUUGAGCAUGCGUAAAAUUAAGGGGGAUGACGAUGAUAUAGUAGACUUUAGUGACUCAAAAAACGGAUAUCUCCAAAAACUGAUAAAAGAAAAUUAG